UUUUUUUUUUUUGUGUGUGUCUUUUAAAGGACUUGAAUUUGUUUCUUUAUUAAACACAUUUAUUUACUUUUUAACUCGCCCAACCCACUUUUUUUUUUAUUUGAUACUCGGACUGUCCCAUAUUUAGGCAGUUCGAACAUCCAUCACGUCCUCUAGAAAAAGACUUUUGAAUAGCUUAUUCAACCGACGAGGUUUCCCCCCUUGGCUUCGCUGAAUCUGCUUGUAUAUCACUUGCUAUCUCCCUUACUCUUCUUCCUUUUAUAUAUUCUUUUAUUGUACUCCACGUUAUUACAUUAUACACCCACGCGCUAUUUUUAUUACUAGUAUCGUUACCUUAUUUUAUAUUACCGUCAUAUUCGGAUACUUUAAAUUUUUUUUAUCCCUCUCUCUCUCUUUUUUUUUCUCUUUUUUUGUUGUUGAAAACUCUUCAUCUAUUUCUUCCCUUUCUCUUUCCACUUUUAUUUUAUUUCUUUUUCCACAAAUAUGAUCCCUCAAUUGGAAACUGCUGUUUUUGGUCAACAACCUGGGUUUAAUAUUGGUGGUCCUCCUAUUAAAGAUACUAUCGGUGAUACAAAUGUUCCUAUGAUUCACAAUCUCUCUGUACACGAUACUGCAAAACAAAAAUUGGAUUCACAUUCUCGUGUCAAAUGGGAAACUGAUCAAGAAAAUGCUUUUUUUGUUGCAAAUUUGGGUGAAGUUUAUCGUCAACAUAUUCGUUGGAAUUCUCUUUUACCUCGUAUUGAACCACAUUUUGCUAUCAAGUCGAAUCCAGAUCCAAUGGUUGCCAAGCUUCUUGCCUCUUUAGGAGUUGGUUUUGAUUGUGCAAGUAAAGCGGAAAUUCAACAAGUUCUUGACAUGGGUGUGGAACCUAGUCGUAUCAUUUAUGCCAAUCCUUGUAAACAAGCUUCUUAUAUUCGUUAUGUUGCUCAACAAAAUGUUGCCAAGAUGACUUUUGACAAUGCUGAAGAGCUACACAAGAUUAAGAUGAUUUAUCCUAAUGCUGAAUUGGUCCUUCGUAUUUUGACCGAUGAUUCGAAAUCUGAUUGUCAAUUAGGUCUCAAAUUUGGUGCUCCUUUGGAAACUGUGGAUCAUCUUCUUCGUACCGCAAAGGAAUUAUCAUUGAAUGUGAUUGGUGUCAGUUUUCAUGUAGGAAGUGGAUGUCACGAUGAAAAUGCUUUUGCUGAUGCUGUUUUGCGUGCUAGAACGGUAUUUGAUCAAGCUGAAGCGUUGGGAUUCCAUUUUACUUUACUCGAUGUGGGAGGUGGUUUUCCUGGUGCUGAUAUCAAGGAUGGAAUUACAUUUGAAAAAGUGGCAGCUGUUUUGGGACCUGCUGUGGAUGAAUUGUUUUCUCCUGAUAUCCGUGUGAUUGCGGAACCUGGUCGGUACUACGUUGCUUCAGCCUUUACUUUAUGUACACAUAUCAUUGGUCGACGCACAGUAAUGAAAGGUUCUGAAGAUCCAUCUUAUAUGUAUUAUGUUAAUGACGGUAUGUAUGGUGCAUUUAAUUGUAUUCUCUUUGAUCAUCAAGUUGUCGUACCUCAUGUAUUAUCAAAGAAUGGUCGUUAUGUUUAUGGUCAGAAACUUAAUGAAACAGAAUACGAAUGCUCUAUUUGGGGUCCUACCUGUGAUUCAAUUGAUUGUUUGAACAAGUCAACUCGAUUACCACUAUUGGAAGAAGGUGAUUGGCUUUAUUAUGAAAAUAUGGGUGCUUAUACUAUUUGUGCUGCUUCUCAAUUCAAUGGAUUCCAGAAAUCAAAGGUUAUAUAUACAAAUACCUCUUGUUGAAAUAGUAAUAGUUUAUUAUUAAUUACUUUUCUACAUAGUGUUACAUUUACCUUUCUAUUGACAUUUUUAAAAUAAAAAAUUUCUUACCUUUUGGGCGGGAUUUUUUUUUCUCGUACAAAUUUAAUAUUUUGUGGUCCUU